UUCACUAGGUACAUCGCGUACUCAACACCACUGAUUGAUAUUAUAUAUCGAAAAAAUCCACUCCAAAUGUGCAAAUAAUGUUGUGAUAAGUUUAAGAAAGAGAAAAUUUAGAAAAUUUUCAGAGAAAGUGAAUGGAGACGAAAGUCAAAAAAGGCUCGUCUUCGGGCUUAAAAAUGUUAAAUGAUAAAUGUCAGUUGACAAAAUUUGCUGACUAUUUUGUGAUUUGUGGACUCGAUCUGGAAAAUGGACUGGAAGCUGAUCUUUAUGCAGACGGUGUGACUAAUCUCAAUAUACCGCCACUUGAUCGAUCUUAUAAAAGUAAAACCCUCGCUCACUAUCCCGUUCAUGUGUCGGGAAAUCCAUUUGACUCAUAUGGAAUUUGUAUGCUCUCAUUGCCACAAGGCUUAAAAUUCCGUACACAGAAACAUGAAAUAACACCGCGAUUCCAUUCCUUCGCAAGCACGAGAGACGAUGGAAAGCGUUGUUAUGGAUUUUCUCUUGUUUUCUACGAAGAGACGAAGAAUGAAAACAUUUGUACGGCCAUGCAAACUCUUCAAUCAAUGUACAUCACUGAAUUGUCAAGCAGUCAAGGAUCAUUGAGACGACAAGAUCCUAUCAGUAGAUCUUUACCACGACAUUUUCGACUCGGUGAUGAUGACAAGAAUUCAAGUGCAGCAAGUUUUUACGACAUCACAAAAGACACGCUUUUUGUCACUAAAUCGAUAACACUCGUCUGUCAGUUUCCAUACGCUCACGUUGCAGAAGUUUUUCUUACAAAUCUUUACAAGUGUCUUCCCCGUAUACCGGGAGCUCGUCUCAGUCUUGAAAGCUACAUUUAUAAUAUCUUAUACGACAUCAAAGUGCCAGAUUAUGGACGAUCAAUUCGAAUCUAUUUACCCCCGGAACAACCAAGCAUGUUGCCAAUCAACACAAUCAUUCAACGACCCAAGAUAACUGAACUACCACUUCUCGAUUUUCCACUACGAUUACUUUUUAGUUACCUGGGUGUCGAGUGCGUCAUUGAAUUAUUCACUUGUGUGCUGCUUGAAAAUCAAGUUCUGUUGAAAUCUGAAGAUUUUCAGAAGCUAACAAUUGUCGCUGAAUGCAUCACAUCACUUUUAUUUCCAUUUGAAUGGCCUCAUGUUUAUGCACCGAUAUUACCAACAGCUUUACAUCACUUUCUCGACGCACCAGUGCCAUUUGUGAUGGGUCUUCAUUCUGAGAAUCUUGAUUCGAGUGUUCAACAAAAAGUUGGAUUGUGUUAUGUUGACAUUGAUAAUAAAACAAUUCGACUUCCUGAGGAACUUCCAACAAUACCACACAAGUCUGAUUUUAUUGGUGAAAUCUACGAUGCACUUGGAAAGUUUCAAAUGCCGGAAAAGAUUGAGCCACCAAGUCAUGUACAGGAAUCUGAAUCGACAAUUCUCAAUCCAAAGAAUCUUCUUAUCAACAACAAUUUCUACUUCCAGUCACCGUCCGAUAAUGACAAGUACAGCAAUAUUCAAUAUCAACGUUUAUCAGCAUCGCCAGCAGCUCCUUCAGCGACACUAACAUUGACAAAGUCAAGAAGGAAAAAGCAUUCGUUGCACGACUUUCUCAAUGAUUUUGAUUAUUCAGGUUCAUCAAGUGUUGACAAUCAAAGUUCAUCAUCAGAAACAGCAACACGAACACCAAAGAAAUCAAGCGCUGGCAGUUUAACAAGCAAUGAGCAGUAUUACAAUGAUCUGAGACUGAAUUCAGAGAUUCGUGAAAUCUUCCUCAAUCGAUUUUGUCAAAUCUUUCUCGAUUACGAGCAGUUUGUUAUUUUACCAAAUCAGAAUAAGUCCGAGUGGUUGAAGAAUCGUGAAUCGAUGCAUAAUUUUGAUAAAGCUUCAUUCUUAUCGGAUCAAACAGCGCAAUAUCGACCGUUCUUGUCACAAUUUCUUGAAUCUCAAAUGUUUGCAACGCUCAUUGACAACAAAAUAAUGACGUCGUUUGAUGACAAGGCGAGCGGAAGCGGAAGUGAUGGUAAAGGAAAGAAGGCUGAUGAAGAUUUCAGUUCAUUUGAUGUUCAUGUUAAUAAGAAUCUUCAGUUAUUGGAUAAUCGAAUCAAGAUACUGAAAAAACAUUUUGGAAGUGCUGAAGAGAUCAACAUUCGUUGGAAGAAUCUUGAAAACAUACCUCAUCUGCAUAGUUCAAAAGUGGCGCUCGAAAAGCGUCUGAAAAACUUUGACUUGGAAGUUUCCCCGCCAUCGGAAGUUUUAAGGAAGAGUCCGGCGUAUUUUAAAUCGUUUCCAAUGCUUGAAGCGUCAGCACUGAACCAAGUAUCGAGUGAGAGACCAAAUAGCUUAAGGCGCGUCAAAAAGAAACUGGAUCUAGAUGACAGGAGACUGUUGGAAAAGAAGAGCAAUCAGAAGUUUUACCUUCGUGAAAUCGAUAUUGAUAAGAAUCUUAGUGGAAGUGCUGAGAGUCUUAGCAUCUCAAGUAGCAUCAGCACGCCACAUCCACCUGUGACUGCCGACGAGAAGAACUCCAAAGGUGAAGAAUUUUCAGCAUCUUUUGUUGCACAAACUAAUUGGAGUUUCGUUGAGAAAUUGUUGAAGGAAUGCAAAACAAAAACUAAGAGAAUGCUGAUGGAGAAAAUCGAUAUGGAAGUUGGAGGAAGUGCUGAUGUUGAGGAAAAUGCCCUCAUCACAUCCAUGUGCGACUUGUUGGAGAAAAUAUGGUCACAUGGACUCAUUACACCGCAUUCUAAAUCGGCGCACACGAAAAACCAUUAUCACAAUAACAAUCAAAUCAAAUCGCCUUUCUGGUCGCAUCUGUUGCGCUAUUUUGAAAAGAUGAACGCCAUGACGAAUAGCGGGAGUGCUAAUAAUAAUGGGAAAUUGGAUUCGGAUGCGCAGCUGCUAAGCACACCAGAUUUAUCAUCGCUUAAAGUAGAACCACAAGACAUGUCAUCGUCAUUCAUUACAGCAUCCCUUUCGACUACACCAUCGCCAACAGCUUCACUUCAACGACGUCAACAACAGCAAAAGUCACGUCGUUCGAAAUCAUGUGAGAAGCGAACUCUCUUAAGUUCUGAUAACGUUGAAAUGGUCUUGCCAAAGCUUCCAGAAUCGCUUGAAUAUGAUAUAAGAAAUAUUUUGUCGAUGCAUGAAAUUAAAACUGACAUUGGAUAUGCGAGAGCUUUUGUGAGGUUGACGCUUGAAAAGAAACUUUUAUCACGACAUUUGAAGACUCUCUUAGCUGAUGUUUCAAUUUUACGUUCAAUGUACAAGCGAACAGCUUUUCUGACCUACGAAGAUGAGAAGGAACAAUUUUUGUAUCAUUUGUUGACCCUCAACGCUGUCGAUUACUUUUGUUUCACACAAGUCUAUGGCAUGACAAUUAUUCCAUAUCGGUUUUUAAUUGUUCCAGUGUCAGGCACCGGUACACUCACCAGAAAAUCAUCAAUGAUGCCAAAACUUUGGAUAACCAUUUUCGGUUCGAUUGGUGAAACUGACAGAAUUUUUUUAAAUAAAAUCGAACAUUUAAUGGAACACAAAAACCUUGGAAUUUUAAGAACUUUGAGAAUUGGAAUUGAUGGAACACAAAAUACCUCAACUUUAACAUCGUCAACGAAACUUCAUCUCGAUUGUGUGUGGAUUAGAAAUGAGAUUACCGGUCAUGCUUAUAAGUUUUCAUGUAAUCGGUGGUUGGGUCGAGGAAUUGAUGAUGGUUCAAUGGAGCGACUUUUGAUUGGUCAAUUGAUUCGACCAACAACCGACCCAAUGGACGACCAAUGUGGAACUUUCAAUAGUCUACCAGAUAAGUCAUUUAAUGUCAUUAACAAGCCGACAAACUCAUCACCAGCAUCAAUGACUGACAGUUUCAUCAGCAACUCUAAUUCUAUGGGAAAUGAAGAGAAAAAAGAUCCAAAUGAGAUUCAAAAUGGUCUAAGUGACUCAGUUAACAAGAUUGUGAAAUGGUUUUAUCGACAUCAGAAACGACUCAUGAGUGGAGUUGACUGUAGUCAUGACAUGUCGGUGUUAACGAACCUUUUAUGUGGCGAGGGUGGUUUUGUCGAGUGUCUUAUGUCGGCGUUUAUGCUUGGCUUCCGUUCUCAAAGAUUAUUUGGAAGGAAUUUCUUCUUAUGGGAUUUCUUCGUUCGAUGCAAAGAUGAGUUUGAACAAAAUUUAACUGCUGACACGUUAGCAACAAUGCAAGGUGGAAAUGAACAACAGAAUAUUGAUGAAAACUUUGUUGACAUUUGGAAUGAUUAUUGCCAACUUGUUGAUGAGAUUUCAAAGAAUUCAACAAUUGGCUCUGAUGAGAAAUUUCAACUUUUCAUUUGUCUUUGUCUCAGAGAACAUCUGCUUCAUCGAAUGCUGCCCGCACUUUCAGCCUCGAAGACGUCGCAGGAAAUGUACGAUGAUAAAAGCUUUCUUCGUCAGAAAAGCUUAAAUCGAUUUUUAUUUCAAAUUUUGCAACCGCUCGGUGAAUUUCCGUUCAAUCUCGACAGUUCGAUCACCUCCGGUUUAAAUACAUCAAAUUGUUGAAUCUUCUUGACUUUAAUCCCAAGAUGACGUCAUUUUAAAUAACAUGACAAAAUUAAUGUGAAAUGUUGUGUGCAAUUUUAGAGUUUAGGUUUUCAUUUGAAACCAAAAAAAGAAAGAAAAAAAAUGAUGUUAAGAUGAAAAUGUGGUUUAGUAAAUUAAGUUAAUUUCCCAAGAAAUUUAACUGAUGAUUAAGCAUAAAUAGAAAAUGAAACUUUGUGAGAAAAUCUCUAACCAAAGAUGUUUAAUUUGGACUGUUGAUUAAGACAGAACUUAACUCACACCGUAACCAACCUUCUUGUAAUUGAUAUUAAUUAAUGUUUACUUUUUGAUAAGCUGAUAACAAAUCGAUAUUAAUGGAAUUAUCCAUUACCCAAUUAUUGUUUUAAUUUAACAAAUUCAUCGACUCCUUUUUAUCUUAUCAGAAGCUGUUAAAUGCUUUAUUCAUGUUUCCAUCGAAAAUAACUUUUUGAUGAUGAUAUUAUUUAAUUUAUAUCUUUUUUAUUUUGUGCCAAAUAUCGAUUUUUAUUUUCUUUCAAUGUUGUUUUUCUUUGAUUGAUUUAUUUGGAAAAAAGCAAAAGCUUUUCUUGCCGGAUAUUAGAAGAAAAUGCUGUCUAAGAUAUUUUUUUGUUCUUCCAUUAUCCUUCAUGUAUUUUUAAGAUCAUUAAGAUUAAUUUGUAACUUAGUUUCUUAAGAGUCGCACUUAUAAAGUAAAGAAGCUUUUAUAAGUUCGAAGUAGUUUGUUUUGAAGUAGAAAACUACAUUAAUACAUUUAAAGUUGAUAUUUAUUUGGGUAAACCAAGUCGUGCAAAAGUUUUGCUUAGUGAAGACAAGAAUUACUCAAUAAUUAUGUCUUGUUUAGCUGAUAUUUCUUCUGCUUUUACCUUGCCAAAGACAAUCUAACUAUGAACUCCACUAAUCUACAGAAAUAUUUUCACUUUCAUUGCUCAUAAUUUGGGAGUGUUUUGAAACGUUUUGCUACAACUCAUGAAAAAUCAAAAAUAUUGAGAAUCGUAAAAGAAAAUUUUAAACAGAAUUUUAAAUCAUUUUUGAGCAGAGCUUGAAAUUCAAAGGAAAAUUUUAGACACUUAAAAAAUUGAAAAUCGUGAUUCAUUUUGGAAAUGUUUUGAUGUCGAGAUUUAAAUUAAUGACGAUUCCAAACACUGUUAUUGACAACAUGUUACCCUUCAUUGAUAUUUAUUUAUAUGUAAGUCGUAAAAUAUCGUUGAAAAACAUUCCCAAAAAACAGAAAUUCUAUGCUGAGUUUUAUUUUAUUUACCACGUCAAUUAUUAAAACUGAACCUGAAAUAUAAAAGUUUUCUCUCUUGUGCAAGUUCUUGUGUAAUAAAAGAUGGAUUUAUUGGAAAUAAAAUGAGAUUAC